CUCAAACGGCCUCCACAGUUAACAGAUCUCAGUCCAACAGAGCACCUUUGGGAUGUGGUGGAAUGGGUGAUUCACAUCACGGAUGUGCAGCCAGCAAAUCUGCAGCAACUCUGUCACGCUAUCAUGUCAAUAUGGACCUAAAUCUCCGAGGAAUGUUUCCAGCACCUUGUUGAAUCUAUGUCAUGUGAAUCAGGACGGUUUUAAAGGAAAAAAGGUCCAACCCAGUGCUAGCAAUGUGUACCUAACAAAGUGGCAAGCACACGCAUACUGAUCAGUUAAUCUAGACAAUAAUUAUCAAAUGAACAAAAUGAGAAUGAAUAGUUAAAGCCCUAACAAUAACAACAACAACAACAACACACUAACUAUGGCAAUACUGCGCAAAACUCCAGGCUACCACACAAAGGAACAACAUCAUGAGGGUCAGAGGAGAGAUGGAUGAGCUCUGGGCAUUCAGCUCUGCCACCACAGAACAUUUUUCUGUCCAGCAUGAGCGACACUGAAAGGACAAAAUCAGGACAUGAGGCAAAAAGGGAAGGAGAAAAACCCUGUAUUUAGUUAUUAUUUUUUUAUUAACAUAACUGAGAUUUUCUGAAUAAUUUCUGGACAACAAACAACGACAUGGCCAGAGUUGAAGAAAAGAAUGGCACGUGUGAAAUAUAACAGUGAAAACGAAGUGAUAAUACAUCUCUAGAUUAAUUAGAUAUGCAAAACAAAAAAAUAAAAAUAAUUGUAAAAAUCUAAUACAUUUGUAAAAUGUUUUAUUGUAUAAAAUAGGUGAGAUCUUUAAUUUGCAUGUUGUCCGAGAGGGAUUUCAUAUCUAAACAUAUUUCAUUAGCUCACUAAACAAGACAACCCACGGCAAAUCAAUAUUGGUAUAACAGCCUUCUGUCACUCUACUAAUCAGAUAAUCAGCUGGCUGCUUCAGUUCUCCAUUUAGGGAUUUAAGAAACAAUUAGAUUUAAUCCACACAAAUAAAACCCCCAAAUUUAACAAGUAGUCAAUUAUACAUAUCAUUAUUGCUGCUGUUUCAUUUGAUGUGGGAAGAGCGAUACUCUUGUGUUUCUCCUGCCUCUCUGCACAUGUUAAACCUCAGUGCAUGUACCAUCAACCAGCCCCUCUUUCCAGUGCUUUGUUCGAGCAGGUUGUUGGGGGAAGGUUGGGAAGAAAUACUGGGUGUGGCUUCGCUGUUCUCAUGGCAACGGAGUUAUCACUGCCUUUAAACUGCUUCACCAGCACCAGAGUGGUGAAACUCAGCCGCCAAUAACAAUAUACGUGCGAAGCUGGUGAUGUACAUUAUUUGUGCUUAUUGGUACAAUAUUUCAGCUAAACCGACUGGCUCAGGCUGAGCCUCUGUGCAUGCGUGUCAUGUCUGACAUAUCAGUGCAAAGCAAGAACCGAGCACACGCAUGGAGAAGCAGGUGCUUGGUGGCUUUCUAAGCAAUUUCUUUGCGUAGACAUGUAAUAGCAUGGGAUGAAACCCAUUCAAAUGUGCCACUAUCAGUAUUCUGGAUUUAUACCAGCAGCUAUGUGGGAAUAGUGCUGUCCAGGAUGCAGGAAUAUCUUCCUUAUAAAGCACAAGGUUACUGUCUAUUCAUGGACACAUACAGAGUAAAUAGACUCUGAGUGUGUGGCCAUGUAAUAGCACUGAAAACAUGACCUGUAGACAACCCCAGCGAGGAGGUUAAACAACACAAAGCAGAGAAGCUGCUGUACAUACAGUCCAUCUGUACUGCUGUCAAUGUCUACAAGCCUUUGUGUACCUCAUUAUGUUACUGUGAACAAGUGAGAAAACUGACAAUAUAAUAAUAUAACACCUUUACCUCCAUGCUGUCUCACUGAGUAUAGAUAGCUUCUUUAAAUGAGGUCAGGAUAAAUCAGACAUCUGCUACAAAUGUAGCUGCAUUUCGAGCCAGGUUUGCUUUCAGGGGGUUGCUGAAUUUAGACAAAGUCAGUGGCAGCUUCUGUGUGCUUUAAAAAGCACUGAUCAAAACUGCUUCAUUAAGGCAGGCUUAUACUUAUCGUGUAUUGUCAGAAUAAGUAGUUAACAGCCAUCUAAUAUGGACUCUUACUGUAUAAGAUGUUGCAAAUAUUACCAUCUGGUGUUAAAAUACAGUACUGCAGAAAUUGCUGUGCCGUACAUUAAUAGUCCAUGUCAGAGGGCUGAUAACAUGCUAUAGUUUUAAGUAUAAACCUUUACCGAUCAAGUAGUGUUCAUUGAGGGUUUUGGCUACAUCGACACCAGGGGAUAAGCUAAAGGGAAAACCACAAUAUAUUCAAAAGAAAUAUAACUGAAUGGUUGACAAGGAUAAAAAAUAGUACUAAUCAGCCUGUCCUCCUCAAAACACAGUUUAUCAAAUGUAUUUUUCACCCUGUAAUGUUAAGUGUAUCAUAUUUGAUACAAGACUUUCACAUCAUCAGUAUCCCUCUGAAAAACCUAAAUAAAUUGUACAAUAAAUUUGAAAGCAAUAAAUUGAAACAAAACAAAACAAAAAAGAACAAAAAUAACACAGAUGUAACAAAUAUGAUAGAAAUUAAAGCUGGUGUGUGCAAAUUAAUAUUUCAUUUCUUUCUCUCUCUCUCUCUUUUAAAAUGUGCUAGAAGGUUUAAUAAACCUAAAAGAAUUCUGGUAAUGUUUUCAUGGCUCAGGCUUUAAUGGGAUAAGAAUAGAUGCUUUACUGUGUAUUUUCCUUUACCAUACAUUAAACCUUACAAUUCUGGAAAGUUAGAUUGGGGAAUAAAAGUGCAUUACCAGCAAAGAAUUUAUAUUUUUAUUUAUAUAUAUAUAUAUAUAUUUUUAAUGAACUACAUACUAAAGUGUUGGUAUUACAGUACUGUGCGUUAAAAGUGGUCGUAAAAGACUUUACAAAUACUGAGUAUUUUAAUGCAGGAUUGAGAUCAGGAUUGUACUUUAUUAAUACAAACUCAAGUAAGCUUCACGUUCAGUAACAACAACAAUGUGAAGACCGGGCAGAUGCACAAUAUCCAGUCGGUAGGAUGCACUAUUGCUCUUCUCAUGCUUAUCCCUGUGUGGCUUUACAAAUAUAAGUAAGAAAUAAUGCUAAAUAUAAAUUGUCAAUUGUAAGUUCGUUACCUGUAAAAUGUAGAGCACUGAAGAACAUGCAAAGCCCAUAACUCAUCUGUCUUUCUUCUUUACAGUGUGUAGCUCAGGGCUGUGAACAUAAAGCCUGGAGGCCAGACUUGGCUGGCAAAGAUUCCAAUCUGGACCGUAUAAAAGAGGGCAUAAAUUCUGGACUUUUAAGUGUUCUUUCACAGGUCUUCCUGCUGAUGAUGACUUCUCCCAUGGCCAUUCAUAUUACAUCAUAAAACUGAGUUUAUUUUGGUUUGGCUUUUUCCACAAUCCACUAUAGAAGUUUUCUGUUGCAGUGGGUCCACAGUAAAAAACAAACAAACAGAAAACAUCAGGACGUUUUGUGUGAAGGAAAAGAAACUUUCUGUUUUAGAAUUAAAAUCCCUGGUGCAUUUCUUGUUGUGUCUCUCUUUGUUGCAUUUAGGAAGCAAAUUAAAAACAGCCACUUAAUACCUUUUAUUUAUUCAGUCAGAUAUGGUAAUAGUAUAAAUAACAAUGACAGUUAAAUCAGGUACUUACAUGCAAUUUGUGAUUUUUCAAUGAUUUAACACAGCUAACUCAGCUCACUAAAUUGGAAAAAAAGUUAUUUUGUUUUAUUUUGGUCACUUUCAUUUCAAGUACUCGUGUUUGAGGUUUUCUGGCUUUGUUGUUUAAUGACAUAUCUAAGAAAAUAUAACUUAUAAAAGCCCUGAAAAGUUGUUUUUCUUGCCAGAUUUUCACUUGGCUACCUGCAGGCCAGAUAUUCUACAGAUUCUUUCUCUAAUCUAAAACAUUUCCUACCGUUUUUACAGCAUUUGAAUGCAGCAGAGCAUUUUGAGCGCCAACUCUGGCUGUGAUAGCUAACGCAGAGCAGAAGAGGGGUUCGGUUUAAAAAUAAGAAGCAGAUGAAAAACAAGCUACACUAAUAGUAGUUAAUUCGUAGUUUUCUGGCCAUGUUUCGCUAUAAGACUGCCUGGUUUUCUAGCAGUGUGCCACAGACCUGUCACAUGUUUUGGACUUCAGAGGGGGGCUCCAUUGCUCAUUGGAGGACAGCGGAUUACCUUUUCAGUGAAGAUGCUACAUGCCCUGAUACUCUUAGGAUCUUUGAGAGCAAGGAUUACCUCUGGAACAAGCUGACAGUAUUUCACAGCUUGUUUCUGUCCGCCUGUGAAAAGAGGCAGAGUGUGAAGUCUUUGAGCAUUGGUCAGUAUGUGCUGCCUCCAGCCUCCGUACAAGAUGAGGUGAGAAAAGUGUUUGGGCAGCUGAUUUGGGAGCGUAAUGAGCAGUCAGCGGAUGAGCACUCCCUGAAAAGCUUUAAUUGCCCAACAGAUGAUGAGUUCAGUGAAGAAGAAAUCAGCAUAAGUUCUGGACUAUCUGACGCCGACUCAUCAGAAAAUGAAGCACCACUUUGUGGUCAUAUGCAAAAAUAUCCAAUUAAAAGCAUGAUUACAGGGUACGUCAGCAUGGACAAGCUGCAGAAAUACUCGGGUGACCUGUGCGAUUUCUAUUGCGGGUGUUUCCGAUGCUUCAGAUGUAAAACACUCUGCUGUUUGCCACACUCAUAAGCAAGCAAAUAGUUAGAGAAAACCAGCAGUUUUUACAAGAUGAGUUAUUAUGUUUGUUUAUUAUGUUUACAUUGCCUUCCUGCACUGAUUUAUUAGUAAUCAGUAUGUUAUAGCUACUGCUGAUGUCAUUUUGUGAUUUUAUUGUACUCUUGUUACAGUUCUGUGUGCCACUAGCUUUUAACUUUCAUAUCAUAAACGAUGGUGAUUUGCCACAUGA